UGUCGGGAGAGCGAGCAGCACGUUGUCGGCUUCUCCGCGCGGAAACUUUCACGCCGAUAUCGAACGGUUUUCCUUCCCUCCUUGUUCGCUGGAGGAGACAAGAACGAGCCCUUCGUUUUGUUUUCCCCUCCUGUAAGUUAGCGAGCGCAGCUUGGCGAAACAAAAACACACAAAAACGGCAGCCAACAUGUCGGCCUCGGCGGCAAAAGUGAGUAAAAAGGAGCUCAACUCGAACCAUGACGGAGCGGACGAAACCUCCGAGAAAGAGCAGCAAGAAGCGAUUGAACACAUCGACGAAGUUCAAAACGAAAUUGACAGGUUGAACGAGCAAGCCAGUGAGGAGAUCCUCAAAGUAGAACAGAAAUACAACAAACUCCGUCAGCCAUUCUUUCAGAAGAGGUCAGAACUGAUCGCCAAAAUCCCCAACUUCUGGGUCACCACGUUUGUCAACCAUCCACAAGUAUCUGCCCUACUGGGGGAGGAAGAUGAAGAAGCGCUUCACUACCUGAGCCGAGUGGAGGUGACAGAGUUUGAAGACAUCAAAUCAGGCUACAGAAUAGAUUUUUAUUUCGAUGAAAAUCCGUACUUCGAAAACAAAGUCCUUUCCAAAGAGUUCCAUCUGAACGAGAGCGGGGAUCCAUCUUCAAAGUCCACAGAAAUCAAAUGGAAAUCGGGAAAAGACCUGACCAAGCGCUCCACCCAGGCACAGAACAAAGCCGGCAGGAAGAGGCAACAUGAAGAGCCAGAGAGCUUCUUCACUUGGUUUACCGAUCACGCCGACGCCGGUGCCGACGAGCUCGGGGAGGUCAUCAAGGACGACAUCUGGCCCAACCCGCUGCAGUACUACCUGGUUCCUGACAUGGAUGACGAAGAGGGUGAAGGCGAGGACGAAGAGGAGGACGAGGAGGGUCUGGAGGACAUCGACGAGGAGGGAGAUGAAGACGGAGAGGAUGACGAAGACGAGGACGGAGAAGAUGGAGAGGAUGACGAGGGAGAAGACGACUAAUGAAACAAAACCCUACCCACCAGACCCUCAACCUUCUUAUUCCCUGUUUGGUUUUUUCCACUCAUGCUCUGGAGCAAAAGUUUAUUUUUUAUUUUAUUUUUGUUUGUUUAAAAAAUUCUUUUUUUAAUUGUGCGUGCUUCAUUUUCCAUUCUGAAGCCUCCUCUUCUUCACCUGUUGGUGCCAUGUUCUGUUCUCCUUUGACUCAUCUUAUGGCCAAUGGCACUUUUUGCCCUGAAUUGUGAGUACCAUCCACAAAGUCAUCUAAUAAAAAAAUAAAAAAAGAUAAAUAAAAAAAGUAUUACAAUAGAAUCAGCACGGCAUCCUGAGUAGAAUUUGAUGAUUCACACUGAACUUCUGUUUAAAAGGUUGUGUGGUAAAUUUGACUAAAGCCAUGGUGUAGUGACCUAGCGCUAGCAUACCUCAAUAUUUUUCCCCCGUAUUUUUAUUUUAUUUUUUUUAGUUGGGACGUUGGUCCCCUUUGGAAAUAAAAUUGUUAUUUUUUUUCCCCCUCUAAUGUGGUUUAACAAGUACCAGCUCAUUCCUUUGACUUGUAAUGUUUAGGGGGCGGGAGGGGGGGGGUAAAGCUGGGGAGGGGGCAGAAGUUAUUUGGGGAGAGUGGUUUGACAUCAUUUCUAUGGGACUUUUUUUCUUUUUCUUUUCAUUGUAUUGUUUUACAGAUAUCCAUGAGAUUUGAAAUGACAUUUUUAAUAAAGAACAAAAUGGAAAAAAAAACAAGCUUGUAAAUUUUGGCCCCCACUACUGCUUCAUGGGUUUAAAAAAAAUUAAAUAAAAAAAAGAAGACACCUGUUAACUCACAGAAUUUACAUCUAAUCACCCUUUUUCCUUUUCCGCUGGGGGGAAAAGAAACUGUUUUAAAUUUGAGGUGUACAACUUGCUUUGUUACAAUAAUAAAACUUAACUGUGUA